AUGUAUCGUAACUAUCAUGAUGAAAUGAACGUCAUUUCUAAUGCAGGACAGAGGCCAAAACGCCCGCACGGGUUAUCCUUGUAUUUAGAUCCGAAGAGAGAACUGCGAUCAAUCGAUCGAACGAACGAUAUAUUGUACCUACCUACCUAUUUACCUACUAGGGAAGGUAAUAGUGUUAGCCAGGUGUCUCAGAGCGAGAAAAUUUUAGAGAUGGACGGCAAUAAGUGCCUAAGAUCUACUUACAAGACUUGUAUCUUGGAUAAGUGGGGUACAUUAUACCCUAUCCAGUUGGUACUAACGACCUACCUAAGAAAGAAAGAAAGCAACGAAACCAAUCGAAUCAACUAUCCUAUAUCUUCACGGCUAUCCCGAUCGGCACCAAAGUCGAAUCCAGUCCAGUCCAGUCCGUCCUGUUGCACGGACGCCGUACUUCUGGACCCCCGGCCCUAA